AUGAGCCCAACAAACAAUAUCCUCUUCAGUGAAGCACACAAGCUAAUUCAAAGCUCAUCUCGAGCUGCUGGGAAAGUCUUUCCUGCUGGAGAAAAUGCUGCAAGCUGUUUUACAGAACGAGAUCCAAGGCCUCUUACCCCCUCAGUGGUGCAGAAGUUUCUAAAUACAAGACGUCCGCAUCCUGGUGCUCGAAUUAUAUUCUAUGGGAAGGCAAAUGACCCUAAAAUUGAAGAACAGAUGACACAUGGAGUUAUCACCCGACCUUCACUUAGUGCUGGCUCACUGAUAAACCGAACACCGAAAACAUUAUUUCAGCAAAAAAUGAUUGAGAAGAAGGAGUCCAUAUAUUCUAGUCAUAGACGAACUCCGCUGGGAAAGUCUAUUGAUGAAUUCACAGCAGUCCCAAACAUUAAGGAAAUUACAUUCAGGCAAAGAAGCAACAGAGGUUUAUCAGCAGGGGUCAUUAUAAAUCCACCAAAGAGUUUUAAAGAAGUUGAAGAAGAAGCACAGAAAGGGCAUCAGUUUUAUGUUGUGACACAUAAUGACUAUAAUGCUGGUGAAAUUAGAAAUAGAAAAUAUGAUUCAUCAAAGUACAAAAAAGAAGAAAGAUUUGGAAUAGAAACACCACACUUCAAUGAUGGUAGAAAUGUUGCACAAUGUAUACGAUGGAUUCACGACAUGAAAACAAUCGAAGGUGCGAAAAUAGUUUCCAAAAGAGGGGAUGAUUUCAGAGAGCGUUUUCAGCCUCAGCUUGGGACAGUUCUCAACCCUAUUGCAGAUACAAUGAAUGUUCCACCAGGUCAUACUUUUGGCAUCUUAGUUCACCCUGAAGAAUAUGGAGUUGGAGAUAUUUUACACUGUAAAAAACCUGAGGACUUUCUGCGUGGUAAAGAUAAGCAUAGAGCCAACUUGGCUGCUGUUCAGCAACAUUUGAAGAAAGUAAACUAUCAGAAUUUUGGAUCAAUGGUAGAAGCAUUUCAACAUUAUGACAAGAAUGGCGAUAGCAAAAUAGAUAAAGAGGAGUUGAAAAAUACUUGUGUCCAGUUUGGAUUAGUGCUAGACAAUGAUAUUUUGGAUGAUUUAUUUGAAUACUGUGAUGUCGAUAAGGAUGGCCUGAUUAAUUUUGUUGAGUUUGCAAACUUUUUGAACUGGAAAGAUAAAACAACUAUAAGUAAAUCUGAGAAAAAAAUACUUCUGCAAGGACUUUUGAAACCAGAAGAUCUUACGUUGGAAGAAGGAAGUUCUGAGAAAACCUUGAGAACCCUUUCAAGAAGAACAAAUCAAGUAUUGUCCGAUUAUUCUACAACUUCAUCUCGGAUCAAUGCAGUUGUUGGAGGCGUAUGUUCUACUUAUUACCACACAUGUGGAGUGCCUACAAUUCGAACAGAUAUCGCCCCUCCACAAAUUCGCAAAACUGGUGACAGAAACAAUUAUGGAGAUGAGCCUAAUGCCUUUGGUUUAUUAUGUCCGUCUACCUUCACUCAGCACAUGGUAUACGAGAGUGAUUUUUUUAAAUCCCGUCCAAAGCAAGAGAUUUUUCAGAUUUUCCGUGGCACUGGUAUAGAAAUUUCAGAUGAAAAGCUUAAUGAAUUUUGGGAACUGGCCUCCACAAAACAUCCAAAAGGACUGGUUUCAGUUGAAUCAAUGAGAAAUAUAAUUAAUGAGAUGGAUAAAGGUGUCCUUAAACUAACUUUAAAUUAA